AUGUCAUCAUCGUCAUCCGAUGAAGUGGAAGAAAGAUUGGACGAAAUUAUCGACGAUAUCAUAGACGAAACCUACAACAACAUUGUGGAAGCCCAACCCAAAAAGCAGAGGAAACGCGCUUAUAUAGAACGAGACCGCGAAUUAGGACACAACCGAUUAUGGAAUGAUUACUUCAACGAAGAUGCGACAUUCCCGACAUAUUUAUUUAGACGCCGUUUCCGUAUGAACAAAGAAUUAUUCUUGCGUAUUGUCCAUCGCCUCUCAGAAUACGUUCCAUUCUUUCAACAAAGAAGAGAUGCAACGGGGAGGUUUGGUCUUUCUCCACUACAGAAAUGUACGGCAGCAAUUCGUCUCCUUGCUUAUGGUAAUGCAGCUGACGCGGUUGAUGAAUAUCUCAGAGUUGGUGAAAGCACAGCAAUUUCGUGUUUAGAGCAUUUUAAUGAAGGAAUAAUCCGGUUAUUUGGUGAUGAGUAUCUACGAAGACCGCCAGCAGAGGAUCUUCAACGACUACUCCAUAUUGGAGAGAUACGCGGGUUUCCUGGGAUGGUAGGACGCAUCGACUGUAUGCAUUGGAGGUGGAAAAAUUGCCCAACCUCAUGGAAAGGACAAUACACCCGGGGAUCAACAAAACCGUCAAUUGUCUUAGAGGCUGUAGCUUCACAAGAUCUUUGGAUAUGA